UGUGUUAGUUUUAUGCCACAUGUAACAGUAACUCAAACCUUCCAUAAAGGUAAACUUUUGUCUCGUCAGUGCAAAGAAUGUUUUCCCAAAAAUCUUGGGGAUCAUAAAGAUGUUUUGGGGCCAAUGUGGGUUCUUUCGAGACUGUUUGGAUGAGUUAUUGAAGCGCUUCUUCGGUAACAGUGGCCCCUCCUGAGAAGGUUUACCACAGUUUGAAGUUUUCUCAAUUUUUGGAUAAUAGCUCUGGAGUCCCAAAGGCUCAGAAAUGUCUUUGAAACCUUUCCCGACUGAUAGAUGUGAAUGACAUCUUUUUCAUGGCACCGUAAAUGUUAUCAAUUCUGAGCACAUCUGCAAUAUGACAUUGCAAAGAGAUGAAUUUGAUGAGCUAAUGCAGAUGUUUCCAGGAGGACUUUUUGCCAAAGUAGCUCCCGUGAUGUAUCGAUUCAGGGCAGCAGCUUGGGACACAGACAGAUUAUUCUGCAGUUGAUGGUUGUUCUAAGCCGCAGAUUAACAAUGGGUUCCCAUUCCUCCUGUGUCGGUAUGCAGAUGUCAACCAGGACUUAUACUAAUGCACAGAGUGUGAGCCAUCUGGGAGGGUGAGGAGGGGGAUGUAAGAUGGAAUCGCAAGGAAGUUAAGGAGUAAAGAUCACAAUCACCCAUUUUCAACAGUUUAACAGUUCUGUCUUUGUCUUGUCUCUUACUGUCAUAACCCAAAAAGCGGAUGAAUUCUCUCGUGGGCUGAGGCUAUUCCCAGAAGCCACUGUGUGAACACAUUGGACUCCCAGCUGGGUUGUGCCUCCGUGCAUUGCUGCACUUUUGCCAUCUGAUGAAUUCCCCACGGACGGUCGGAAAAAUCACAUUUUAGGCCAGAAACUUUGCACUUUUUGGAUUUACGUCAAGUGGGAGCUUCACAUCAGAGCCUCUUGCUCGGGGGUGGUACUCGGCUCCACGGGACUUCUGAGCCGAACAAUGAAGUCCCAUCCAGGCAGUUCGACGGUGCUGCUGCCCAUCGCCCUCUGCCUCAGCUUGGUCCCCGUGUGUCUCAGCGCCGCAAUCCCUGUUUCAUGUGGUUCCAUCUACAAGCGCUUUGCUCAGUGUUUACUCACACUCGGGGACAGUUUAGUGGACACACAAAAAGAGCAGAGCACACAGGACAUCGAUGCCAUCUGCAGGUCCUGGAACGCAUUUCAUGUUUGUGCCAACUCAGCUCUGGCCGGCUGUCCUGGAGAAGCAGCAGCUGUUUGGGAGUCUCUAAGACAAGAGUCCAGGAAGACAGAGUUUUCUGGAAACCUCUACAACAUGUGCGCCAGCCGCACAACGCUCCCACCCAGCACCGUGCCUGCAGCUCAGAGCCCCCCCACGUCCGACCAGACAAACCAGGAAACACUGAAAGGGCAAACACACAAGCACAGCCCCACGCUCUUCACUGUACUGCUCCCUGCGUGCGGCAUGCUGCUAGUUCUGCUCAGGAGUUAGUUGACCCAUAUUAACCCUUCGGUCAGAGUGAUGCCAGCAGGCCGUCACAGUCCUGCUGCCCCUACAAUCCAAACAAACAAGGGCGCACAAUCCAUACAAGUCACUCUCAUCAUAAUCCUUAAAUAAGGAUUGCUAUAACUGGAUCAGUUUGAAAUGUUUGGUUCAGUACACUAAUACAGCAUUGAAGCAUUGAAAAAAUUUGAAGACUGGCCUUCUGUCAGACAGAAGCCUCUUACAUGAAGUGCACCAAGUUUUCAAUCACUGCAAGAGUUUAAAUGAUUUUGAUUAAAUUCGCACGAUCUAAUAUUUAUUAUUCUGUUAUAGAAGAGCGAACAGUUAAUGUAAGGAAGAAUAAACCCUUUCCCCACAACUCUUUAAUGAGGCAACUUAGCUGAAAGAAAAGCUCUGGUUAUGAAAAAUAUAUAUCUUUUAGCCCUGCUGCAGUUCAUCACCAGUGUCCCAUGAUUUGAGGACAAAGGAGAUUUUGAGGCAUGCUGUAACGCCAGGUGUUCAGAUCUGCGUGCGACCUAAUCAGGUGUGAUCCGGAGGAGAGUAUUAUCAGCGAGGGGGGCGAACCGUGUUUUUGUGCAGUAGGUUUAAGUCAUCACCCUGUUUGACUGGUUUAACGACAUGAAAUCAGAUUUAUGUGACGACAGACUCUCUUAUGUGCUGCUACAUGUUAUUAUUUGUAUAAACAGAGUUAUUUCAUGUGACUUUAACCCAGUUUAAAGAUGUCUCCUGUGGGAACAGUGUGCACAUGUCUCAAUAAAAUGCACAAAAAGCAUGCAAUAAACAUUUCCUUGGACAGUAAUGAAGAAUAAAGGACAACAAGAACAUUA